AUGGAUACGAGCAAGGCUCACUAUAUGGUUGCUCUUGUUCCAGAGCAGUGCGAACUAUGGCGAUCGAAAAUGGACGGGAGACGGUUUGAUGGGAAAGUUGAAGUGGCUGUUUGGACGAUUCACAAGAUUUCUGGAACGAAUACCGCAUACUUCGUGUCCAGCAUGGUUCCAAAAAGGUGGAAUUGCAGCGUCAUGGUUCUGUGGCGUGGGGGACGGUGGGCUAUAUACAAGCUACCUAUAAAACGAUUGGAAAGCAAGGAGACUCUACCAAAUAGCUCCAAAAAGGACUGUCAUGUCAGGCAUAAAGGUGGCAUGUUCAGUUCCAACAACAACAGCGAGAUACCACAAGUAUGA